GAAGGAGUGAAGGAAAUAAAAUCCUCAGCUGUUUCAUAGCAGGCUCCCUUCCUCCUGAAGAUUCUUCCUCCUGUGAACUACAAUCCCCAGCAAUCCUUGCAAACCUCAUAGAAAUGACCCACAGCUGGCCCCUUUCAACUUAGCAAAGGCUCAGCCGGGAGACAGAGAAUGCUGGGGGAGCGGAUGGCAGAAGAAAAGUCAUAAAUGUGCCUGCUAAGUGCUCAAGAUGGAGUUUGAGGAGAUGGCUCUGAGUUUGCCAGACCAAGCUGUAUCUGAUGUUGAGCCGAGAAAGCUGUGCCCAGAAAUCAAGAAGGAAAAUGAAGAUAAAGAUUUGGAAUCAAGCAUUUUGGAUAAUGUGCAGAAGGGUGAGAGCAAAUUUCAAAAAAUGACGGAGGAUGAAGAGGAGAAACUGAACUCCCUCAGUCUAAAUGAACUAAGGCAGCAACAGGGAAAUAGCCCAGAGCUGAGGAUGGCUCUGGUAGAAGCCUUGGUUGAACAAGGACAACAAACAGGAGAGACACAUAUGAAGAGUCUUGAUAAUCAUUUGAGAAUCUGCACAGAAACAGAAACAAAUCAAAGCUCAGGGUCUGAGGAAAGUAGCAGUCAGAACAAAAAAUCUACUAGAUGUUCCACAGUCCGUACAAAGAAAAAACAGUAUAAAAUAACUUACAAAGGGAAGACACCCUAUAAAUGUGAAAAAUGCGGAAAGAUCUUAAAUCAAAGAUCACACCUGAUAGAACAUCAAAGAAUUCACACUGGGGAAAAGCCUUAUCAAUGCUCAAGGUGUAGUAAAAGCUUCACUAAAAACUCAGACCUUACUAGACAUCAAAUAAUUCACACAGGAGAGAAACCAUAUCAAUGUGAAAAUUGUGGAAAGCACUUCAAUGACAAAUCAAACCUUAGAGCACACAAAAGGCGUCAUAUAAAUAAAAAGGACUCUAAAUCCUCAGGGUGUGGGCAAAGCUUGGGUCAGAGUUCAGAUCUUGCUAGGCAUCAAUGGACUCACACAGGAAUGAAACUAAAUAAGCAUGAAAAAUGUGGAAAGAACUUCAGCCACAAACCAAGCCUUAAGGCACAUCAAAGUCCUUGCACAGAAGCCAAGCAAGAAGAUAACUACUUGGAAUCCAGCCUGUUGGCAGGAGAUGUUCAGGAGAGUGAGAGUAAAACACACAAAAGAGCAGAUGACGAAGAGGUGAAACAGAUCUUCCUCAGUCAAGAUGAACUGAUGCAGCAAGAGGAAAACCACACAGAACUGAGAACAGAUAAAUUGUUUGUCUGUCAGCAUGAAAUCUUGGCUGAACAAGGAGAACAAACAGAGACACAUAUGAAGAGUCUUGAUGAUCCGUUGAGAAUCUCCACAGAGAAGAACUCAAAUGAAAGCUCAGGGUCAGAGGAAAACAGCAGUCAGAGCAAAAACCCUGCUAGAUGUCCAAAUCCCAACACAGAGAAAAAACAGUAUAAAUGUGAAGAAUGUGGCAAGAGCUUCAGUUGCAGGUCAAGUUAUUUUAGACAUCAAAGAAGUCACACAGGGCAGUAUAAAUGUGAAGAAUGUGGCAAGAGCUUCAGUGACAGAUCAUACUUGAAAGUACAUCAAAGAAUUCAUUCAGGGGAAAAACCUUAUCAAUGUUCAAGGUGUAGUAAAAGUUUCACUAAUACCUCAGACCUUACUCGACAUCGAAGAAUUCACACAGAGGAGAAACUAUAUGAGUGCAAAAAAUGUGGAAAGAGUUUCAAUAACAAAACAAACUUUAGAAGACACAAAAGGUUCCACAAAAAGGAAAAGCCCUUUGAAUGCUCAGAGUGUACAAUAUGUUUCAGUCAGAGAUCAGACCUUACUAGACAUCAAGAAACUCACACGGGGGAGAAACCCUAUGACUGCCUUGAGUGUAGAAAAAGCUUCAGUCGAAGCUCAGACCUUACUAGACAUCAAAGAACUCACACAGGGGAGAAGCUAUACACAUGUGGAAAAUGUGGAAAGAACUUCAGCCGCAAACCAAACUUUAAGACACAUCAAAGAUGCCAUACAAGGGAGAAACCCUACAAAUGUUCACACUGUAGUGAGAGGUUUGAUGAGGAAUCAAACCUUCAUGAACAUGAGAAUGCACAUAGGAUGGAAACCAUGUAACUUCUUGGAAUAAAAUAUAAGCUCCAGGUGAAUGUUCAGGAUCUUGAAUCCAUAUGGAGGGGGAGACUGGGGAAGGAAGGAAAAGUUUGAAAGGCUUCUGAGGGUCCCUAUCAUUCAACAGAAAGAUAAAAUUGGUGUAGUAGGUACUGCUGUUUUUAGAUUAUUUCUGUAAUUAUUGAGGCUUACUAAUAAAGUUGUGCGUAUUUUGUUUUUGAA